UUAUUUUUUUUUUUAUCGAUAUCGUCUUCGUCUGACAACCCAUUUCACGAUACCAAAAAAAAAGUGCAAAAAUAACUAAAUUCUCGGCGUAAUUAUUUAGUAAUAGCGUAGUUAAGCAGCAGGAAACACUUCCAAAUCCAUCCAGACGGACCAAGGAUUAGGACUAAGACCCAGUUGUCAUGUCGCUCAAGCCCAAAAUAGUGGAGUUUGUCGAUGUUUGGCCGCGCCUGCGCUGCAUCGCCGAGUCGGUAAUAACGCUGACCAAAGUGGAGCGCUCGGUGUGGAACACAAGCUUUAGCGACGUUUACACACUGUGCGUGGCGCAGCCGGAACCGAUGGCUGAUCGCCUUUAUGGCGAAACAAAACACUUUCUCGAACAGCACGUCCAGGAGAUGCUGGCCAAAAAAGUGCUGAUCGAGGGCAAAUGCUCGCAUUCUAAUGGUGGCCCAGACCUCCUCCAGCGCUACUAUACCACCUGGAUGGAAUAUAGCCAGGGCAUCAAGUAUCUGCACCAAUUGUACAUCUACCUGAAUCAACAACACAUAAAGAAACAGAAGAUUACCGACACGGAAUCGUUUUACGGCAAUCUGUCAAGCGAUGCUGCGGAGCAAAUGGAGAUUGGCGAGCUAGGUCUAGACAUUUGGCGUCUGUAUAUGAUUGAGUACUUGUCCAGCGAACUGGUCCGUCACAUACUCGAGGGCAUUGCCGCAGACAGAGCUAGCAAUGGCACCUUGGAUCACCAUCGCGUGCAAAUUAUUCAUGGAGUGAUACACAGCUUUGUGGAGGUGCAGGACUAUAAGAAAACAGGCUCGCUUAAGCUCUACCAGGAACUCUUUGAAGGACCCAUGCUGGAGGCCAGUGGCGCCUACUACACAAACGAGGCCAACAAGCUGCUUCAUCGGUGCUCAGUGUCGGAGUAUAUGCAGGAGGUUAUCCGGAUACUGGAAUAUGAGAGCCGGAGAGCCCAGAAGUUUUUACAUGUCAGUUCCCUGCCAAAGCUCCGUAAAGAGUGCGAGGAGAAGUUUAUUAACGAUCGUCUUGGCUUCAUCUACUCGGAAUGCCGCGAAAUGGUCUCCGAGGAGCGGCGUCAAGACCUACGCAACAUGUACAUCGUACUAAAGCCCAUACCCGACAAUCUCAAGUCUGAGCUCAUUACCACCUUCCUCGAUCACAUCAAAAGUGAAGGUUUACAGACCGUGUCUGCGCUUAAGGGCGAAAACAUCCACAUUGCGUUCGUAGAGAAUAUGUUGAAGGUGCAUCACAAGUACCAAGAGCUAAUUGCAGACGUUUUUGAAAACGAUUCUCUAUUCCUGAGCGCAUUAGACAAGGCGUGCGCCAGUGUUAUAAAUCGCCGCCCCACCGAGCGGCAGCCUUGCCGUAGUGCCGAGUAUGUGGCGAAAUACUGCGAUACGCUACUUAAAAAGUCUAAGACCUGCGAGGCAGAGAUCGAUCAAAAGCUUACUAACAACAUAACCAUCUUUAAAUAUAUUGAGGACAAAGAUGUGUAUCAAAAGUUUUAUAGCCGACUUUUAGCCAAGCGCCUAAUCCACGAGCAGAGUCAGAGCAUGGAUGCGGAGGAGGGAAUGAUCAAUCGGUUAAAGCAAGCCUGCGGUUAUGAAUUUACCAAUAAACUUCAUCGCAUGUUUACGGAUAUAUCGGUAUCUACUGAUUUGAACAAUAAGUUUAAUACUCACCUUAAGGAUAGCAAUGUGGACUUAGGCAUCAACCUUGCCAUAAAGGUACUGCAGGCGGGCGCUUGGCCUUUGGGGUCUACUCAAGUUAUACCAUUUGCAGUACCACAGGAAUUUGAAAAAUCUAUUAAAAUGUUCGAGGAUUAUUAUCAUAAAUUAUUUAGUGGUCGAAAGUUGACUUGGCUACAUCAUAUGUGUCAUGGGGAAUUAAAGUUGAGCCAUUUAAAAAAAUCGUACAUCGUGACUAUGCAGACAUACCAGAUGGCGAUAAUUUUGCUGUUUGAGACUUGUGAUAGUCUGAGUUGUCGGGAGAUCCAGAACACCUUGCAGCUAAACAACGAAACGUUUCAAAAGCACAUGCAGCCUAUUAUCGAGUCAAAGCUUUUAAAUGCCAGCUCAGAGAAUCUCGCCGGUGAGACUCGAAUAGAACUAAAUUUGGAUUACACAAAUAAGCGUACAAAGUUUAAAAUAAGUUCGGCUUUGCAAAAGGAAACGCCACAGGAGGUGGAACACACGAUUAACUCGGUGGAUGAGGACCGAAAACUCUUUCUACAAGCCGCCAUUGUUAGAAUUAUGAAAGCGCGUAAAGUCUUAAAGCACAAUGCUUUAAUACAAGAGGUUCUUUCUUUAUCGAAGGUUAGUUUUACUCCUAACAUAGCAAUGAUCAAGAAAUGUGUGGAGUCAUUAAUUGACAAACAAUAUAUUGAGCGAACUGCGAACUCGGGCGAUGAAUAUAGCUACAUGGCAUAGACUGCUGUAGAAAUUUUGUAUUCCUGAAGAAGAUCCUUCCCGGACUACAACCCCCCAAUACACACAACAAGGAAUUGCUAGCCAAGCAGUUUGUUUUGUUUGAAAACAACUAUCAAUGUUACAAAAAAAUCAAAAGGUCAAGCAAUUUUGUUUUGUUAUUUUUAUGAUCAUAGCAUAUUGGUAUGAAAGGUGUGUAAAGAUCAAUCGAUGUUACUGAUACUUUUAAUUUAGCUUAGUUAGCUGCGCCAUUUUGAUUUAAUGCGUGUGUCCUAUACAAUUGUAGAUAUAUAUUAUAUUCCUUUUAUGUAUUGUA